CCUUUGCUGGGCGUGGUGGCACACUUCUUUAAUGUCUGCACUUGGGAGGCGGAAAAAGGCGGAUCUCAGGAAUUCCACGCCAGCCUAUUCUACAGAGCGAGCUUCAGGACUGCCAGAGCAAGACAGUGAGCCCUUGUCUCAAAGGGGAAAAAACUGCUCAGAACAAUGCCUAGGGCUUUAAGAGCUAAACAAACGUUAGCUUAACCUCAUCGCGUUGGCGGCGGCCACAGUGCCCAGUUGCCCUUUUAAGGGACUUUGACAUCUUCCCACGUAAGCGGAAGUACCCCUGAGGGCUCCGGAAGUGACUUCAGAACCCCUUCAGAAACAUGGCUCCGGAGCGUUGUCCCGGAAGCGGUCACGGGUCUCUGCGUGACGCUAACUGAGUUAGAGCGGUCCCGCGGGGUUUCUAUGGUGCCGCCCGCCACCCCCAGGCUCUCCUCUUCCUCUCCCGCCCGAGCGCCCGGAGCUGCGAGGCCGCCGACCAGCCCCACCGGCGACUCCGCCAGCCGCCAGGGGGAGGGGCGCCGACGAGGCGACGCUCUAGGCGGCUCCACCCGCGUCUCGAUGGUGCCCGGCGUCCCGGUGCCGCGUUCCUACUCCGCGGGGUGGACGCGGCCCCUUUAACCGGCCGAGGGCGGAGCCGAGGAGUUCCCGCGAGAGCGGCCGGGGGGCGGGGGGCGGCGCCGAGGCCGGGGGCCCGUGGCGGAUGGAGCCCGCGAUGGAGCCGGAGACUCUGGAGGCACGAAUCAACAGAGCCACAAAUCCCCUGAACAAGGAGCUGAACUGGGCCAGCAUCAACAGUUUCUGCGAGCAGCUCAACGAAGACUUUGAGGGGCCUCCACUUGCCACUCGCUUGCUGGCCCACAAGAUCCAGUCCCCACAGGAAUGGGAAGCCAUCCAGGCCUUGACGGUUCUGGAGACGUGCAUGAAGAGCUGCGGCAAGAGGUUCCAUGAUGAGGUGGGCAAGUUCCGCUUCCUCAACGAGCUCAUCAAGGUUGUGUCUCCCAAGUACUUGGGCUCCCGGACAUCUGAGAAGGUGAAGAGUAAGAUCUUGGAGCUGCUGUACAGCUGGACGGUUUGCCUGCCUGAGGAGGUGAAGAUUGCAGAAGCCUACCAGAUGCUGAAGAAGCAGGGGAUUGUGAAGUCGGACCCCAAGCUUCCAGAGGAUGCCAUCUUUCCCCUCCCCCCUCCCCGGCCCAAGAAUGUGAUCUUUGAAGAUGAGGAGAAGUCCAAGAUGCUGGCCCGCCUGCUGAAGAGCUCACACCCUGAGGACCUCCGGGCUGCCAAUAAGCUCAUCAAAGAGAUGGUGCAGGAGGACCAGAAGCGGAUGGAAAAGAUCUCCAAGCGGGUGAAUGCCAUCGAGGAGGUCAACAACAAUGUGAAGUUGCUGACAGAGAUGGUGAUGAGCCACAGCCAGGGUGCUGCAUCCAGCAGCAGUGAGGACCUCAUGAAGGAACUGUACCAGCGCUGUGAGCGCAUGCGACCCACACUCUUCCGACUGGCCAGUGACACGGAAGACAAUGAUGAGGCCUUAGCUGAGAUCCUGCAGGCUAAUGACAAUCUCACCCAGGUGAUCAACCUGUACAAGCAGCUGGUCCGGGGCGAGGAGGUCAACGGUGAUGCCACAGCCAGCUCCAUUCCUGGAAGCACGUCAGCCCUGCUGGACCUCUCAGGCCUGGACCUCCCUCCCCCGGGCACCACCCAGCCAGCCACGCCCACCCGCCCUGGCAACCAGAGCAGUCCUGAGCAGCUCAGUGCCUCGGUGUCCCUGCUUGAUGACGAGCUCAUGUCUCUGGGCCUAAGUGACCCGACACCACCUUCAGGCACCAGCUCAGAUAGUGUGGGGUGGGACAACUUCCAGUCAUCAGAUGGCACUGAAUCCUCAGUCCCUCCUCCAGCCCAGGCCCCCAGCAUGGACUGCCGACCCCCAGCCCAGGCCCCUCCACCAACGAGCAGCGGCCUGGACGACCUGGACCUCUUGGGGAAAACCCUUAUGCAGCAGGCUCUGCCUCCGGAAGCCCAGCAAGUGCGGUGGGAGAAGCAGCAGCCAGCCCCCCGGCUCACCCUCCGUGACCUGCAGAGUAAGAGCAGCUCGCCCAGCCCAGGAGCCGCCAGCCUCCUCCACACCACGUCCCCAGAGCCCCCUGGGCCUCCACCUCAGGCCACACCCACUGAGUUCUCCCUAACCAGCAUCACUGUGCCCCUGGAGUCUAUCAAACCCAGCAGCAUCUUGCCAGUGACCGUUUAUGACCAGCAUGGCUUCCGUGUCCUCUUCCAUUUUGCUCGGGACCCACUGCCAGGGCGCUCCGAUGUGCUGGUGGUGGUGGUCUCUAUGCUGAGCACGGCGCCCCAGCCCAUCCGGAACAUCGUUUUCCAGUCAGCCGUCCCCAAGGUGAAGGGCAGACCAGGUCAUGAAGGUGAGGCUGCAGCCACCUUCCGGCACAGAGCUGCCAGCGUUCAACCCCAUCGUCCACCCCUCAGCCAUCACCCAGGUCCUGCUCCUUGCUAACCCCCAGAAGGAGAAGGUUCGCCUCCGCUACAAGCUCAUCUUCACUAUGGGCGACCAGACCUACAAUGAGAUGGGAGAUGUGGAUCAGUUCCCCCCACCAGAGACCUGGGGGAGCCUCUAGGACAGAGGGGCUGGAGAGAGGAGGGGCAGCAGGACCUGGACCUGUUCAUCCUGUGCUUCUCUCCCUCCUGUGGCCCCCAGUGACUCUUCCCCCUCCCUCUUCCCCUGCUGAGCCAAACCCAGCAGGAGGCUGCGCCUGGGUCUGCCAUAGCUGCUGGGACCUCCAUCACCAGUGGGAGCCUGGAGCAGGGAGGGGCCGUAUGCCCUGGAAGGACUCUGGGGUGAGGGAAGGAGGGGGGCUGUGAGGCCCAGCCCUGAACCCCAGCCUGAGGUGGGGUCGUCCUCACCUGUCUUUUAUGCCUUAUGGAAAGGCCCAGCCAUAACUUGGAGGCCAUGCUGGAAACUGGGACCAGCCCAGGCCUCCUCUGCGGGGACCCAGUGACUGGGUGGGGGUGACGCCCGCGCCCUAGCUGUGUGCACUUGGUGUGUGGUCUGGCUCGUUGCUUUUCUUUUGGAAUGGCCCUGUGGUCACAGAGCUGAAGGAGCUCUCCACUCAGCCCCCGGGGCCUCCAGAGGCCUCCCUUUGCUCUCAGGCUCCCACGGGCCAUGGAAACUUGAAAGCAGAGCCAGAGGACAUGCCCCCUGGAGGGCCAUGGAACUCCCAGAGUUCCAUGCUCCAUUAUCACCUUCUGCUGGGGCCUCCCGGGAGCACCUCACAUCUGCCCACCCUCCUGUGGUCAAGUAGGGUCAGGAUGGGUGGCAGUGGGAGUAUUUAUGAAAAUAAAGUGACUUUUUUCCUGGA